UCGAUGACUUAAACAGGAACCUGUCCUUCCUGGUUGUUUUCUGCGAGCCAGAGCCAUUGGAGUAAUGCCCAUGAUUGACCAGGGAGAGAAAGAUGAUAAGAUUAUUGCAGUCUGUGCCGAUGAUCCAGAAUAUACCCAUUACACUGAACUCAAUGACCUUCCCCCUCAUCGCCUUUCUGAGAUCCGUCGCUUCUUUGAAGACUACAAGAAGAAUGAGAACAAAGAGGUUGCAGUUAACGCCUUUUUGCCUGCAGCCGCUGCUCUUGAAGCUAUCCAGUACUCAAUGGACCUUUAUGCUGAGUACAUAAUGCACACCUUAAGGCGGUAAACAUUCAGGCUACAUUUUCCACUAAUUACAAUAAGUCAUUUUUAUCAAUGGCAGAGGAAGAUUUUAUGCAGAAUUUCCCCAAUUUUACUUUUUGUAUUUUGGAUUAUGAUUGAUGCUUUUUUGGCUGAUCAGUAAAGUGAAAGGAAAUGACUACAGAAUGUUGUUUUCAUUUGUUUAUAUUGGGUAUUCUAUUA